AUGCGGCCCAAAGAUGCGAAGACGAGCCUGCAGUCCGAACCCACGACAGCGAUAUCGUCGGUGGAUAUCCAGACUCUCUCCUUCCCCGACGGUUCCCGGGGCACAUUUUCCACCCCGGGCACGCGAGCCGUGUCCACGCCCCUCUCACGCGGCAGUGGCAGCGGCAGCGGCCAUGCCACACCCGCCCGAAGCCAGUCGGGCGGCGAGGAGAUGAUGGCGCGAGCCCUCCUGGCGGGCGAGUUCAACAAGAAGAGCCCGGCGUGGAAUCUUCUCCGCUCGCAGUCUACGCUGGCCACUCCGUUUGAAGCGACGCAGCGCGAGGCCGUCGAUUCCCUUGCGGAGUUUGACCGGGAAUUUGACAUCAUCCCCGAGGUUGGAGUGCAGGGCCUCAACGACGACGACAGGAUCCGGCUCUGGAAGUCCAAGCUUAAGCACUACAUGGUCCUCUCUUCGGCGGGGAAGCCGAUUUAUAGCAGGCACGGCGACCUACCCUUGAUCAACUCGUCGAUGGGUCCGCUCUAUUUCGUCGCCAUUAGCCGCCUCGGGGAGAGUGAUGCGCAGCUCAGGAACCAGCUCGAGGCGCUCUACAUGCAGAUCCUCUCCACGCUCACGCUGCCCACUCUCAGAAACAUAUUUGGGUCACCCUCUUCUCUCCUGAGCGCUCUCGAGUGCUUGAAACUACGCAAGACCCACCGCAACGCCAUUACCAACAUGUUUCUCAAGAUGCGAGCUGACAAGCUUCUCUACGGCCUCCUUGUCGCGGGCGGCAAGCUCGUGAGCGUCAUCCGUCCGCGCAGACAUUCGCUGCACCCCAGCGACAUGCAGCUCAUCUUCAACAUGCUCUUCGAGUGCGACAACAUUAGGGCUGGCGGAGGCGAGAACUGGAUACCUCUAUGCCUUCCCGCGUUCAACAACCGCGGCUACCUCUACAUGUACGUAAGCUUCUUUGACGGGGCGACCUCGGACGAUGCCACGCCGGAACCACGGGGCGCCGAUGCCGCCACAUCAUCUCCUGAUGAAGAGAUUGCCAUCAUCCUCAUCAGCCCGGAUAAGGAGAGCUUUUUUGAGCUCAAGGACAUGAGAGAUCGGGUGGCGAGGCAGUUGACAAAGAGCGGCAGCCUCGCCAUCAUCCAGACGGCCGCCCGUCUCGGCCGACCCAAGGUCGCGGAAGUGGCGCCGGGCUGCCAAAUCAGCCACUACCUAUACAAGUCUCGGGCCAACGUCCAGUUCAGCACGGCAUCCUUUGACCCAGUCUUCACCGACCUCAUCGCGAGACGACGUCUCAUGACGCUCUACCACGAGCUGCAUGCGGCAAUCCACGCAAAGCACUCCCACCUCAAAAUUAUCCACCACGUCAGCGAAGAUGCUUCGGCUCUGGCGAGCGUCAUCACCCAGGGCGCGAAUAAGAUUACGCAGUGGGCAAAGCGAGAGGAGGAGCGUUUGUUCAUCAUUGGCGCGCGCUACGGCGAAAGUUUCCACCAGGCCUCUGGAAUGGCCGUCGCCGUAGCUCUCGCGUCGUCGGCGGGGAGGUUCACGUCCACCGAGUGGCGAUUCCAGAUGGAGGAGCGACUGCCCCCAAAACUCGAGGACGCCGAGUGGCUAACCUUGCCGGAGCCUCGGCCCCGCCGAAGCUUCCUCACGGGCAGCCGGAUCCAUUCUCUCAGCUUGUCGCCCGGGGAGGAUCUCCGCCAGCUCGUCGACGAGGACCACGAGGAAGUGAAGGACGUGGGACUGAGCUCGGAGGGGCCGUACGUGCUGAGCGACCGGCGCGAGCGAGACGAGGUGGUGUCGACGGGCGCGGCCGCCGAGGUGUCUGGGCCGACGAGGGAUUCGGAGAAGGGGGCGUCAAAGUCUUCGUGGAAUCGGCUGCUGCCGGGAGGAAGUGACGCGCGAGAGGCGCUCGGUGUCGACCUUUAA